AUGGCGACAACAACAUCUACCGUGACCAGCAAUGGGACGCUGGAAGUGAAACCAACAGAGCAGAAACCCCAAGGUCAAGACUCAUUCUUUGAUGAUGUGCAUUUUCUUGGAGAUAAGGAAGGUCGUGUUGUGAUCAGAUCACCUCCCAAGUUCGAGAGCAUAGAAGCCGAGCGAACAUACCAAAAGCAACACUUGGCUGUUGCAUUCCGAACAUUUGCAAAGCAAGGAUUCGACGAGGGAGUCGCAGGUCAUAUCUCUCUACGAGACCCUCUUAACCCAGAGCACUUCUGGAUCAACCCACUUAGCAUGCACUUUUCCAUGAUCCGAGUCUCAGAUCUGGUUCUUGUCAACGAAUCCGGCGAAGUUCUUCCAGAAGGAGCGCAGCACCCAAUUAAUGGGCCUGCAUUCGCAAUUCACAGCGAGAUCCACAAAGCACGACCCGAUUUAAACGCCGCCUGUCACGCCCACUCAGUAUACGGCAAAGCAUUUUCAUGCUACGGACGACCCAUCGAAAUGUUAUACCAAGAUGCAUUGCGCUUUUACAAUGAUCUCGCCGUGUACAAUCGCUAUGGCGGAACUGUUAUCUCCACUGAAGAGGGAGCCCGUAUCGCCAAGGCUCUGGGUCCGACAUGCCGAAGUGUGAUUCUACAGAAUCAUGGAAUGAUUACUUGUGGACGCACAGUGGAUGAGGCUGCAUUCUUGUUCAUUGCACUUGAUCGGUGCUGCCAUGCGCAACUCCUUGCCAACGCUGCUACUGGACCUGGUUGGGAGAAGAUUUUGAUUAAUAAGGAGGAGGCAGAGAUGACGCAUAAGAAGAGUGGAAAUUCGAGUAAGAUGUGGCUUGCAUUCCAGCCUUACUAUGAUCAGAUAGUUAAGGAGGACCCAUUUGUUUUGGAGUGA